GUAACUCUGCUGAGACUGUCAGUGAUGAGCACUGCGCCGAGCCUAAUGUUGCCCUAGCUGUCAUGAACGUUCUCCUGUGUUUCAAUUAAUCUUCCAGGCCAAAUCAUGCUUAACGUUAGCGAACGUGAAUAUUGUGAGCUAAUUGCAAUCUUGACAAUGCACUUUUCCCUUUGGAAUGUAAUUUCUCUGCCUCAUUUGGUGUCCCCUGGUCAACCAGGGAGUGGCCAGUCGGGGCUCUAAGCGUCAGUCCAAAACAGUGUGGAUGAUACUUAAUUAUACACAUGCUAAUACAGUAUGUAUUUGAUCCAGUUGGCUUAUUAGAGGGGGCACCUUACAUCCUUUUCUGAGCUGGGAAUGAUUCAGUGUAGAUUUACAUCAUUAUUACAAAACUCUUGGCUUCGGUAUUAACUGUCAUCUUUUUAGAAAACCAAGACGUAGCAUCGAAUCCCAGCUUUUUUUUUUUCCUGCCCUUCAAUUUUCAAUUAUGUGCUCUACUUGGCUAACGCUGCACUUAAAGUUGGGGAUGAGCAGUUACCUAAAAGAUAAAUAUAUAUAUAAUUAAAAUGUCUUGGCAGAGAACAAGAUAAUUAACAUUAGUCAUUGUGAAUGGGAUUGCUUGCUUUAAAGUCUUUUGUUUUCAUAAGCUUCGGCCUUUCAGGAGUAGUUUCUGACAGCAUGUGGAGCUGGGGAAACUAAUUUAGUGCUUCUGGUAUAAGAGGCUGCAGGUCUGCACAAUAGUACUAAAAGGCUCAUCUACUCUAAUGAGUUUCCAUGUGACGCAAAAAAUAACUAGGAGGCAGGAUGGUUUAUGAUACCUCAUCCAAUAUCAUUACAUAAGAGGAAUUAGAAGAUGGCCAGAGACCAACAGCCCAGUAAUUAGCUCGGAGAAACAGGACGGAUACCAGGAAAUAGGAGGUUUAGUUGAUCGAUGUAUCUCACUGUGAUGCUAUUCCCAUGUAUUAAACAACUAGCUAACACAACUAAGAAAUUAACUCCAGAUUCACUGAUUCACAGCAUUACAUUUAAAUUGUUGUCAACUGGGACUGCAUUGUGUUCAGUAUUUCUCUACACCUCAUGAUGCCAGGUCAAUCGUAAGAUCAGCCAGCAGAAGAUAAUCUGAUUGGCAGUUCACGAGGUACAAAAAUAAAUUACUGUGAUAAUAAAUCAAUUUAGACGCAUAUUAUGCAUUCUUGCGAGUCUUAGAUUUUCUUACUAUCAGUACUAAUGUGUGACGUUUUAACUGAAUGUAAAUUGUUUAGGAUGUUUAAUCAGCUUUGUUGUUAAGUCAUAGAUUUUCAAGAUGUACUUUUUGGAAGUAUUUUAGCAUUUUUCUGCAGAUGGCAUUCGAACCUGUUCACAUUCUGUAACCAACACCAAGGGGGAUCUAUGAACACCACAUCAUCAUAUAUUUGUGUCAAUGCACAGCCUGUUUCCUGUUUGUUUUCACUGUCAGUCUUCUGUUUGUAAGUGUCAGGGUUAGCUUUUCUCCUGAACAAUGUCCAGUGCUUAAAGUCGGAGUUCUUAGUGCCACAAAGGUUGCUCUCCUUUGUCUUAGCUAGUUCACAAUAACAACUAGUACUAAUCAUAUGUUGAACCUGAUCUGGAGCAGGUUAUAUUUAGAGUUUUGGUUUAAAAUUGGCUUCAAGAGGCAUAUUUUCGCUUUGAUAAUGUCUCUGAUUGGCAUAAGAAGCACUCAGUUGAUGUAUUUUAUGCAGAAGAGUCACAUUUCUUUUGGUUAAAGGUUGACUACACUGCAAAUUCCACCAUCAACAAACAACAAAUACUUGACAGCACAGUAAAUUUGACUGUGUAGUGAUGUCAUUUGCACAGAGGCACUUUUAUUGGCUUACUUUAAGUAACAAAGGACUUCUGAUUGGCUGGUAGUUUGAGGUAAAGCAUUUGACUGGCCAAUAAGCUACCAUUGAGUGCUCACUCACUUGAUGCUGAAACCCAUAGGGAACAUAUAUAAAAGCGUGUACUCUGGGAGUGCUCAGCAGAUCCACAAGUAGGUCCAUCACUUGAACCUUCAACAGCUGAAAAAUAUAGUACGUGAAUAAUGAUAAUGUUCAAGCUGUGGACGCUUUUUCUUGCUUAUGCGUUGAUCAUUUGCCAGAUGUAUGUCUCAGAGGCAGCUCCAACUAGAACCAGUAAGGAAUCCAUGUCAGAUGGAGUCACAUUAUCAAAUGAUGACGCCCAAAGGCUGCUCAGAGCUAUGAAGGAGUUCAUGCAGAUAACUUCAGAGGAGCAAGCCCAACAAACAGCUGAUGGGAACAACUUGGAUAGACCCAUGUCUAAGCGCUGCACAGGCUUAAGCACUUGUGUGCUGGGAAAACUCUCCCAGGAUAUUCACAAACUACAAACCCAUCCUCGCACUGACGUGGGAGCAGAAACACCCGGCAAGAAGAGAAGUCUAUUUGAGCAAUAUGAAAACUACAGCAACUCUUACAAUUGCAAUGCAACAGCACAAAAGCGGGCAUGCAACACAGCCACCUGUGUAACCCACCGCCUAGCAGACUAUUUGAGUCGGUCUGGGGGACUGGGAUACAGCAACUUUGUUCCCACCAACGUUGGUGCCCAGGCCUUUGGCAGACGGAAGCGGUUCAUCUCUGUGUGAGCACAUUGCCAGAUACAUGGACAAAGUGCCUCUUUCCUUGGGUGACAUCAACUUCAUCAUCAAUCCAUUUACACACUUCAUAAACACUGACUGAUGUCUUGUUUUCAGGCUAACAUACAUUUCCAUAGUAUUGACGAUUAAUCUGUGCUUAAAACCAGAGAAAUAACUACAGUCGCAGAAAGGUAACUCAAUAGGAUGGAAUAGGGUGGAUUUCUUUCUGUCUCAGCCUGUGGCUCAGCUGCGCUUCUAUUUUGUGCUGAUGUAUCCAUCUACAUUAAAACCACCUUCACCUUCUUGUGGAUUGCUGUAAAACACUUUAAUUACAUUAUAGUGAAAAAUACAAAUGUAAAA